AUGGCUGUGCAGAGUCUCCUGCAGUACCUGGGCUCCUGCUCGCUGCUCUGUUUGGCAGCAGGGCUCUUUGCUCUCCUGUACUUUCUCUCCAGCUCCAAGAAGUCCAUUUGCAAUUUGCCCCCUGGGCCACGACCUCUUCCUGUGAUCGGGAACCUGAACGUGGUGGACCUGAAAAAGCCGUUCCAGUCGCUGACAGAGCUCUCCAAGAUCUAUGGCAGCGUCUUCACGGUGCAUUUUGGACCCAGGAAGGUCGUGGUACUGGCUGGAUAUGAAACCAUCAAGGAUGCCCUUUUAAAUCAUGCUGAAGAGUUUGGAGAGAGGGCAGAAAUACCCAUAUUUAGAAAAAUGACACAAGGAAAUGGCAUAGCAUUCAGCCAUGGAGAGAUGUGGAAAACUAUGAGAAGAUUUACCUUGUCCACACUGAGAGACUUUGGAAUGGGAAAGAGAACCCUUGAGACCCGAAUCCUGGAGGAAGUAAAUUCCCUUAUCAAAUAUUUUGAAUCCUAUCAUGGGAAACCAUUUGAUACAAAAAUGAUUCUCAACAAUGCUGUAUCCAAUGUCAUCUGCUCUAUAUUGUUUGGAGAGAGGUUUGAAUAUGAUGAUCCAGUAUUUCUAACUUUGCUGAAGCUGAUAAAUCAAAAUACUAAGCUGUUGGGCUCCCCUAUGGUGCAGUUAUAUAACUUCUACCCAUCCCUUGGAUUUCUGUCUGGAGCUUCCAAGACUGUGCUACAAAACAUCCUUGAAUUGAAUGCUUUUCUCCAGAAGCUCUUCCAGGAACACAAAGAGGAGCUUAAUGAAAAUGACUUAACAGGCUUUGUCGAUGCCUUCCUGGUGAAGCAAAAACAGGAGUCAAAGAAACCACACACUGCAUUCAGCAAUGGAAACCUGAUGUUUUCAACCCUGGACCUCUUUGCUGCUGGGACUGAGACCACAUCCACAACUGUGCGCUGGGGGCUGCUGCUGAUGAUGAAAUACCCAGAAAUUCAGAGAAAGAUUCAGGAAGAAAUGAACCAUGUCAUUGAACCAGGAGAGCUGCCUAAGUUGGAGGACAGGAAAAAAAUGCCUUACACAGAAGCAGUAAUACACGAAAUACAAAGGUUUGCCAAUAUCGUCCCCAUGGGCGUAUCCCGAUCGACUCCCAGAAAUGUGAAUUUCCGAGGCUACGUGAUUCCUAAGGGUACUGAGAUUAUUCCACUGCUGACCUCUGCUCUGAAUGACGAGUUACACUGGAAAACCCCGCAUCAGUUCAACCCUUCCCAUUUCCUUGAUGCCAAUGGGAACUUCAUUAGGAGAGAAGCAUUUAUUCCAUUCUCCAUAGGGAGAAGGGCUUGCCUUGGUGAAGGACUGGCCAGGAUGGAGCUGUUCCUCUUCUUUUCGGGCUUGCUCCGCAGAUUUGUUUUCCAGCCUCCUCCAGGAGUGGAGAAGUCAGACCUGGAUCUCACUGCUGAUGUUGGCUUCACCUUGACUCCCAUGCCUCACCUGGUCUGUGCUGUGCCCUGUGAAUGA